UCAACGACGCAAAACACGCCAGGAACGAGAACAUAACAUUUGAUGCGCCGCGAUGUAGGGAAUUCUAAGUUUCAAUACAAGCGAAGACUUGCAGGCUUCAUAGUCUAAUAAAACUCAGAAACCUCUUAGUCGCUCAUUAUUUUUACUCUUAUUCGAUUAAAUUCCAGAACUCGAAGCGAAGAGACAAAGAUCGCCAUGGCACCUCCUGCAAAAGCAAUAACUAGUCCCGUGCCUGAUGCGUGGUAUCCAACCCUAGCCGUCUUCAUGCUCGCCAUUGGUCUUGUCCUCACUGCUUCCUUCUUCAUCUACGAAGCAACUUCUUCCAAACGAAAUCGCAGUCUUGCAAAGGAGCUCACAACUGGGGGAGUGGCAUCUGUCUUCCUGGGAUUCGGGUCACUGUUUUUGCUACUAUCAGCCGGCGUUUAUGUCUGAUUUUCAUAUAUUUUUUCAACCAUUUUAAAAAUUUGCUGAGCAGAAUGGUGUUGAAUGGAGGAUCAUGGCUUCGAUCUUGUUACCUAUAGACUUUUUCUUUUUUGUUAUUAAUCAGAUAAAGAGUGCUUCUAUGAGAAUAUUUUGAUA